CUUACUUGUGGAUCAGUUCACAUGUAGCAAGCCAACCAUCAAUGCGAUGCAUCAAGAGAUGGAGUUUCCAUUCUCCAUCACUAUGCAGACAACUUCCAUGUAUCUCAGCAAGACCUGCAUUGGCACCAUGGCGAGUCCAGCAACCUUCAGGUCAAGGAACCAUCAGCCAGAGACGGCAUUUCAGCCUUGAAUCCAUUCCAGGUGUCUUACUGCCACCGCUGGUAUUUUGUGGUCUUCUCACCUCACUCUGGACCUACAAAUGUUUAAUGAUGGUCAUCUUCCAGAACAAAAUCAUCUACAUGCCAUCGGUGCCUCCGUUUUCCCGCUCAGAAAAAGUCGAGGACUAUGCCACUCAAUGUGGUCCGGUCAGGUGGCAAGAGCACGACGUCAAGUCAUCUGAUGGCACCAUCGUUAAGCUGCUGGAGGGAUCAAUGACGAGUGCAAGUCUGCCACUCAGUCCAGGGAAACGGCAGGUCGUAGUGUUGUAUCUUCAAGGGAAUGCCUCUUCACUCCCACCCAGACUGCCACAUCUCUCCUCAGUCAUUCGCAAGUUGUCAUCGAAUCGAGAAAACGACCGAGACUAUCGCUUAGUGGCACUGUCAUAUCGUGGGUUUUGGAAAUCCCAAGGAACGGCCUCCCAGCCAGGAAUUGAGCUCGACGUGGACGCUGCAUUCAAGUGGGUGCUGGAUCGCUACGAUGCCGACGCCGGUACCAUUGUUGUUUGGGGCCAGUCUAUAGGCGCAGGCGCCUCAACAGUUGGUGUUGACAACCUUGUUCGAUCGAACCCGGACGCCAUAAGGCGCAUCUCUGGCCUGUUGCUUGAAACUCCAUUUGUGGAUCUCAAGGCUAUGCUUAUCGCACUGUAUCCCCAGAAAUUCUUGCCGUAUCGAUAUCUUGCCCCAUUUCUACGUUCGACGUGGGAUAGCAAGACCGCUUUGAGCAACAUUGGAAAUAUCAGGCCCAGGCUUCGAACGUUGAUCCUGGAAGCAGGCGACGAUGAGAUUGUCCCAGCUGGCCAGGGUCAAAUCUUGGAAGAGGUGUGUAAGGAGAAGGGACUCGAAGCCACUCGGCUGAGCGUGAGGGGCGCACUGCAUACUGAAGUCACGGCCAAACCAUCAGGUCGUAGUCGAAUCGUGGAAUUCGUUGGAUCUUUUUGAUAAAUUGGCAGGGUCUUGGGUCAGGUCAAGGGGGGUUUGAGCACGAAUACAACUUGAUACAAUCGGUUAGUCGUAGUGUCGUCUGGUGGCCAGCAACAUUGGGCAUCUGCAGCGAUCAAGGCAUCCAAAAACUCAGCCACCUGAUGAACAACGGCCAUUCGCUCAAGAGUGUCGCUUUGACGAACAUCCCAGCGUGGAUCCAAGAUAGGAUCGUGGUUUGUUCCCGAUGAAUAAAGGUAGCACUGCAGACGAGGCAACUGUAGCUGUUUGAGAAUCCUCCUGAAAUUG